CUUCAGUUCGCCUACUUCAAGCAAAAUCGUUUACCCGAGGCGUGUAGCAGCGUGGCCAGCUACCUACUGUUCAGGCCAGAGGACGAAGACAUGCUGGGCAACAAGCGGCUCUACCUAAAGGAGGACGGAGUGGACGAAAGCUUUUUCGUCCCCAGACCGGACAUUGUUGAGUUUGCGAAGCGAAGAGAACGGGAAAAGAAGCUGGAUCGCUACAUCCUGGAUAACUUCCGGUUCAGUGACGAUGCCAGCAAAAAGAAAGGGGAGACUGGUGCGAGAUUACCGCCCAGGACGGACCAGCAGGCCAGCUCGGACAGCCAGCCGACGGCUGACCGCGACGCUCGCGCAGAACCGGCGGCCGAUGCGACCGAGGAUGUGGAAGCCCGGCAUGCCACAAGCGUAGACCCUGGCCCCAUCCGGAAUGAGGAGUUAGAUUCAGACCCUGAGAUCAUUCCAGAUCCUGACAGCGAUCCAGACCACGCGAUCACUUCGGACUCAAGCAGCCCGACUGAUUUGAACUAUGCGGUUAGUACGGAAUCCCCUGACAGAUCGGAUCGGGACAAAAAGCCAGAUCCAGAGCCUAGGCCAGCAAUUAGAGAUGAACCUGACAGGAAGCUAGACCCAGAGAGCAUCGAGUUACGUCCAAAAACUAAGACUAGACAUGCCGCUGAGAUCAGCCCAGGUCAUGAACCAGCUCCAGACCUGGUGACAAGUCAAGCCGACCCUCAGGCCAAUCCCACCGCUGACACCAGUGCGAAGCGGUCGGCCCGUUCGGUGAACAACCGGUUGCUGGAGCUGCAUGACCGGGUGCUGGCCGGUCCGCCGUGGCGCCCACUCGGCGCCUGGCUCGAGAGGACCCACGUGACCAGCGGCCCCGCCGAGCUGCGCGGCGAACAUCGGUUUGUGGCCGACGGCAUGCUGACGUCACGCGACUGCCGCCGGCUGAUCGACAUCCUGCAGGCAGCGGGAGUGGCGGGCGAUGGUUACCGCCAGAGGGUACCGCACACUCCGUUUGAAGAGUUUCGCGGUCUGUCGUUCGGCCGCCUUGUCGUGAAGGUGGCACGUGACGAGGCGUCGCGGAACAGUCUGCGCUUCCUGAUGGACGUGGCGGACGCGGCGAGGCUGUUCGUGGCCCGGCAGUUCGGCGUGGUCGAGCUCCACUCGUCCUACACACACCUGGUGGGCAGGACGUACCUGCCCGGUCUGGGACAGAAACGUCCAGCCUCUGAUCUGAGCCAUCCAAUCCACGUGGACAACUGUUUAUUAUUCGACAACGGAACGUGCUCGCGAGGCAAGGGCGCUUACAUUCACCGCCACUACAGUGCCAUCCUCUACCUGAACGACAACUUCAAAGGCGGCGAGUUUGUAUUCGCCAGGGAUCUGAUCGAUAGAAAGCCAGUGGUGAGUGUCGCUGCACGAUCAAACAGUUUUGGACGAGACUGCUAGAUUUUAGAAAUGUGGUGCCAACCCCUUCGCAUCGGCUGUGC